AAAGUCGACAAUCGAGUGCCGCAGCCGAAAGUGCAAACAGCAACUGCCGUGCGGAGGGGUAAAGUUCAGAGCACUUUUCCUUUUUUUCCGGAAGAAUCACCAUGGUCGACAACAACAACCUGCGCAGCGCGGUGAUCAACGAGGCGCCCCUGCUGCCGCCCUCGAGCAGCUACGGCGUGGGUGUGUCCAGCGGCGGAUCUCCACCGGAGGCAGUGCUGCGCACCCCCUACGGAAAUGUUAGGGCGCUGCCCGGUCCGGCGCAGCUUCCGCCUCCCCUGCCGCAGUCACCGUUCCAGCAGACACAGCAAUUCGGAGGAUUUGGCAGUGGGUAUGGAGGAAACAACUACGGUCUCGGCGGAUUCGGUGGCUUCAACAGUGGCGGCUUCGGAUACGGUGGAAUGGGCGGCUUUGGCAGCGGUUACGGUUACGGCGGCGCCUACGGCGGAGGCUUCGGUGGUGGCUACAACAGAUUCGGAGCACCGGGCGCCAAUGAUCCCGAGCAGCGCUUCAUUCAAAUGGCCGAGGCCAGCUCGCGUCCGGCCUUCCAGAGCAUCGAAUCCCUGGUCUCGGCCAUCGGCAACAUUGCCUCCAUGCUGGACUCCACAUUCUUCGCGCUGACCAGCUCCUUUCGCGCCAUUCUCGGCGUGGCGGCGAACUUUGGACGGCUGCGCAGUGUGUUUGCCCAGUUCUGGACGACAUUCGCCAUCUUUCGGGGCCUAAAAUGGAUCUACAGGAAGAUUCUCUUCUGGCUGCGACUAUCGAAUCUGGAUCCUUCUUCCGAGGCCUUCAAGAAGGCCUUUGCCGAGGCCCUCAACGACAACAAUCCCCAGGCGGGAGGUGCCCCUCAGGCACCGCGAAAGGGCAGCUCACCCUGGCCGGUGCUGGCCUUCAUCAGCUUCAUCUUCACCGCUCCCUACUUGAUCAUGAAGCUGCUGGGCACCGUGACGAACACCGCCCAGGAGGAAGCCCGUAAUCCGGCCAAGUGGACGGCACCGAUUCAGACCCAGGCCGUUUACGACUUCGUGGGACGCAGCCACAGCGAGCUUUCGCUGCGGGCCGGCCAAACGCUCCAUGUGGCCCCCCGCGACAUCCAGCAGACGCUCAAUCUGCUCAACACCGGCUGGGCCCUGGCCACCACAAAUGGCCAGACCUCCGGCCUCAUUCCAAUCAGCUAUGUGAAAUCGCCCCAGCAAAUGCGACAGGAGAUCCAGGCACAGGAUCAGGCGAAGCCCGUCCAGCCACAGCCCGAACUGAUGGAUCUAUCGGCGGGAGCCUUUGCGUCGCCGCCGUUGGAGCAGCAGAUGAACUACGACUUCAAUCUGGCCGCCCAGCAGCAGGAGCCCCUGGGUCCGCCCUCAACGACGGCAGCCGCCUUGGGCGAGGGAUUCGCCUGAGCAGUCCAGCUCCUCCGGGAAUUAGCCUUAGUUUUAGUUACCUUCGGUUCAGCUUCUGUAUAUGUACGUCCCUGUAUUUUAAGUUAGCUUCCGCCUUUUGUAUAUUUCCAUUUAGUUGUAAAUGUUAAUUAUUCAGCGAUCCCAAUGAAAGUAAACAUCAACCAUAAGGUAGUGGUUUGUAA